AUGGAGUUCAAUUUCGAUUUUGAUGAGGACGAUCCGCUUGUACAGGCACUGGUUAAGCAACGAAAAACACAACCGCAGAAGACGGUUGUAGAUUACAUUCCAAAGCAUGAUUAUGCAGAAUGGUUUCAUGCUCCGAAUCCCAUUCCUCCGUCCGUCCUUUUACAAACAAAACACGGUGCAAACCAUCUGAAAUACUCAAUUGAAUAUCAUUACGCUCAUGGAAACCAUGCAAAAGCGUUAGAAUUAUCGCUCGAGUUUAUAAACUUUGUGAAAUACAGCUCGGAAAACGUAAGAAACUUACAUGGAACGAGAGAUUUGUAUGAGACAGCAGCAAGAAGUGCUGUUAGAUUAGGUGACUAUGAGCAAGCAGUUGAAUUUGUUAACGAAAUCGACAGCGAAGAACCUGGCCACUUUCAACUUAAGGCAAUGGUUUAUUUCAAAGCUAAACGAUACGUAGCUUACUUAUCCUUAACUACUCCAUCGAUAGCCGCGAUAAAGAAUAACGUAUCCUAUCUCGAUCUUCGAAAAAACGAUUUCAGCGCAUGGAAGAGUAUUGGGCACUGCCUUGUUGCUCUGUCUUGUCCACGGCGAUACCAGACAUUCUCCGGCGACCUACCAUCCACCACCAUAUCCACUCUAGCACUUCACUCAUUCCGCAAAUCAUUUACUAUCUUGACAUCUUCGCUAUGGCCAAACGUUGAUGUCAUACGUAGUAGAUACGGAAGGGAAAAGCGAGAGUUAGAGGAGAUGAUUGAAAUGCUGGAAAAAUUAACACCAUAUGACGGCAAACCAGAGAUGACGGAAGAUUUGAAAAACUUGGAAGGAGCAAAAAUGCAAAAGAAGGGAGAAGAAAAUAUGAAACAUCCUGAAGACGGUGAAGAUGAACGUAGAUAUGAAAACAUCUUCACGAAGGAGAAUUUAAUAGAGCAGGACGUUUCUGAAUUUCAGGAAGCCUUGAAAGGUGUAGAAGAAUGGAUUCUGAGAGAGUGUAGCGAAACGACCACCUAA